AUGCAUACAAAUGCAUUUUCUGGCCUAACAUAUCUGGCUGUUUUAAACCUAGAGUAUAAUGCUCUGGAGUUUGAUAACAACAGCUAUCCAGACGGCAUAUUUUCUCCACUCAUUAAUUUAAAGGAACUCUACCUGAAACGAGAUCAAGAUUGCACCAAGAGUGAAUACCCCUCAUGUUUUCUUUGUCCACUAACAAAUCUGACCACUCUUUCUAUAGACAGUGUAGGAGAAACGGUCAACUUUGGACCAGAGUUUAACCAUCAGGCUAGACUCAAAAGACUUGUUUUGUGGGUUUGCUCGAGUUCUAUCAUUGAAAACACUUUUAUAAGAAUGAAUCAGCUGACGGUGUUAGAAAUAUACGGCUAUUAUUCUUUGUCUAACUUUAGCGACAUGGCCCUAACACAUUUACCAUUGUUAGACACGUUUAUAUUAUCUAUGACUCACUUAGGAACUGCGAAGGUGCUAGAAAUUUUCAAACCUCUGGUUGGCAGGAGUAUGUCAGUCAUCAGUUUAAACAGUGUUUACCUAGCUGCUCGUGAAACUGUUUCUAGUCACCAUAUGCAAGAUGGCGUCCUCGAUGCUGAAAAAACAAAAUACCUUCUACAAAUUUGUGUCCGCAGAUUUGAAUUCACUCGUUCUUUUCUUCGUAUACUGGAACAGGAUGCUUUAUUUAGUGAAACAUGCGGCUGGUUGAAGAUAAAUAUCUCUUUUGUUGGAAUGGAAAAUGUAGAGUAUGUGGAUGCAAGAGAUAAUGGAUUUAACCAAGGUUAUGGUAAAUGUGAAGGUUUGACCGGGCUUAAAACUUUAUUAGGUUCAGGAAAUGAUUUCGCGUUUUUUUCUCCUACAUCUUUCGACUCAAUUUCAGCUGUCGAAAAUUUAGCUUUGGCAAACUGCAGGUUUGACGUAAAUAACUUUCAAUUAAAUAGUUUAAGAAUUUUUAGAAAUUUAAAGUCUCUGAAGCGUCUAGAUUUAUCUUUAAAUGCUCUGACUUUUCUCGCUGAAAAUACUUUUUCUACUAACCCUAACAUGACAGAACUUUAUCUGGCAACUAAUAGGUUUACUAAAAUUCCUUUCAACCUUAAGCUGACACCAAACUUGCAGGUACUUGACCUUAGUGAAAAUGCUAUUUCGACAUUGGAUGAAGCCAUAACAAUGGAACUUGAUGAAUUGGCUGUGAAAAAUGGAAAAUUCAGUUUAAGAUUAGCCGGAAACGUUUUAUCAUGUGGCUGUGAGAACUUCAGUUUUAUCAAAUGGAUUCUUACAACAAUCGUAGAAAUAGAUUUUGAUUCCAUUUUGAUGUGUGUCAACGAAUCUGGUUUGUAUUCCCAUCUAGAUAAACAUUGGGAUGUUGGUACAUUUUGGCGUCAGUGUGUUGGUCAGCAAUAUCUUUAUAUCUCUGUUGUUAUUCUGUGCGUCAUCGCUAUAAUAUUUUUGGUGUCUUUUGUCGUUAUUCGGUGUAAGCUGUACAUUGUGGCUUAUGUUGCUCAAAUACUUGGCACUGUACCACGUAGGAGAUUAACAGAUUUUCAAAACCACGUAUUUAUAGUUUCAUCUCCCAACGAAAAUUUUGUUACAGUUUUAAGCAACUACUUAAAGCAAACUUUUUUUCUAAACACUCGAGACUUCAGAGAUCUUGAGCCAGGACGUCCAGAAUAUGAAGAUUUGUUUGCUGAGAUCAACACCACCUGGCGUGUAAUUCUAGUUGUAACUGAUGAGUUUUUUCAUGACAAUAAUUUUCAGAUGCUCUACACCCUGGUGUUGAACAGUAUGUCACAUGACAACCCGGGAAAGGUGCUUCUACUUUAUGAAAGAAACGUACAGCUAAAUGUGGAUUUAAUUAACGCGAUUGGUGAAGAUAAUAUCCUCGAAGUUCCAUUAUGGCAGCUGACACCAAAUAUUGAUGAGUUUUUGUAUGAUAAAAUAUUUAUUGAGUGGUGA